GCUUGCUCUCUCUCUCAAAAUAAAUAAACUUAAAAAAAAUGAUUACUAUAGCUUCUCUGUCAAGUAUAGAGAAGGCGUGGGUGAAAUAGGGAAAGAAGUUAAGAGAGUCUUACAAUAAUCUAGGUGAGAGUUGAUAGUCCCUUGAAUCACAUGGAAGGAAUGGAGAUGGUGAGAGGUGAUUGGAUUCUGGAUGUUCGUGUAAGGUAGAGCCAUGCAAACUACUGAUGGAUUAGAUGUUGGAGGUGAGAGUAUAAGAUCAUGGGUGAUUCCAAGGAUUUCCAUGAACAACUGGAAGAUUUGGAGUUGCCAAUAACUGAAAUAGGGAAACCUGAGAGGGAAGCAGUCAGGUGGAGUUAUAAAGAGAAGAAUUGAGUUUUGGGUGGUAAAAUUUGAGCUGUCCAUUAAACAUCCAAGUAGAGAUGUUGAAUAUCGUAGUCUGGAGUUGAAGGUAGAAGUCCAGGCUUGACAAAUAAAUUUGGGAGUCAUCAGUGUUGAUAACGAAGAGGAGAGGACCAUGAACUGAAUCUGGGGCAUCCUAAAGGUAAACUGUCAUGAGGUAAAAGUGAGCCAACAAAGAGACUGAAAAAGAGGAGCCAAUGAAAUGGAAAAACCUGGAGAAGGGGCAUCCUGGAAGCCAUGUGAAGGAGGAAGGAGUGAUUAACAGGGUCAAAUGGUGGCACUGGUCAAGGAAGAUAAGUUCUGAGGUUAGAUUUAGCAAUAGGAUGUCACUGUGUACCUCAACAAAAGUUUUAUCAAUGGAGUGGUUGGGACAGAAACCUAAUUGAAAUGGGUUCAAGAGAGAGUCGAGGCAGAAAUGUUGGAGAUAUUAAAUGUAAAUAACUAUAGAGACCUUUUGCUAUACAGGGGAUCAAAGAAAUGAGGGAAUAUCUAGGAGUAACGUGGGAGUAAGUAGAUUUAGGCUGAGAAAAAUUACAGCAUGCUUAGUAUGGUGAUAGAAGUGAUCCAAUAAAGAGGGAAAUAUUGAUGCAGGGAAGGAUUGCUGAAGAAAUGUCCUGGAAUCAUCAGGAAGAGAUAGGGUCUAGGACACAAAGUGGAUGAGUUGAUCUUCAAGCUUAGUUCGUCUGUAGUAACAGGUGGAAGACAGGAUGUUGUGGGCAGAUGUGGUGUGGAGGGCUGAUGAUACUGAUUUCUGAUUGCAUCUGUUAAGGAUCGUCUGAGAAAGAGGGGGUGUUGGAAAUGUGAAGAGGGGGGAGGUUAUGAGAGAGUUGCCCAGAACAGUGGGAGAAAUGGUACCAGGAGUUGUCCUAGUUCAGGUUACUAGAACAACAUACCAUAGACUGAGUGGUUUAAACAACAGACAUUUAUUUCUCACAGUCCUGGAGGCUGGAAAGUCUAAGAUGAAGUUUCACGAUCAGGACUGGGAAGUCCAAGAUGAGUCCAAGAUCAAGGCUUUCCUGCUGGCUGGCAGAUGACCACCUUCUCAUUGUGUCCUCACGUGGCACAGGGCGAGAGAGAGCAUGCUCUUGGCACUGAUCCUGUUGUGGGGGCCCUACCCUCAUGACCUCACCUAAACCUGAUUACCUCCCACAGACGCAUCUCUCAGUACAAUUCCAUGGGGAGUUAGGGCUUGAACAUACCUUGGGAGGACACAAAGAUUCAGUCCAAAACAGGAACGUAGUGUGCUUCCCAGGUGGCAUGAGGGACCCACCUGAGGUUUGUGGGGAUGAAUUUACAUUAAAGUGAGCUCUCAGGCCUUGUGUUUGUAUAUGUUUGUAUCGUCAAGUUCAGCUAUCCAGGCCUAGGUGUACUCUGCAGACAGUUGAGUUUAACCAAUUGAGUUUAAUGGAAUUUUUCCAGGUGACCAUGAUAAGGGGAGGGAGGAAAAGAAGAGUGAUUAUAUGAUGCCUGCCCGUAAUUUAAUUAAGCUGGCCAGCGAGGGAUGUGAGGACGCAGAGAUCAGUAGCAACAUGGGAGCAUUGAAUACAUUCCUGGAUGAUCCUGAAUUUGCUGAUGUUAUAUUGAAAGCAGAGCAAGCAAUAGAAUUUGGAGUUUUUCCAGAAAGAAUCUCUCAAGGUUCAAGUGGAAGUUACUUUGUGAAGGAUCCUAAGAGGAAAAUUAUUGGUGUAUUUAAACCCAAAUCAGAAGAGCCUUAUGGUCAACUGAAUCCAAAAUGGACCAAAUAUGUUCAUAAGGUCUGCUGCCCUUGCUGCUUCGGUAGAGGCUGCCUGCUUCCUAAUCAGGGAUACCUUUCUGAAGCUGGUGCCUCCCUUGUGGAUGAAAAGCUGCAUCUGAAUAUUGUACCUAAAACAAAGGUGGUUUGGCUUGUCAGUGAGACAUUUAACUACAGUGCAAUUGACCGUGCAAAAUCUAGAGGCAAAAAGUAUGCUUUAGAGAAAGUGCCAAAAGUAGGUAGAAAAUUCCAUCGGAUAGGACUCCCCCCUAAGAUUGGUUCCUUUCAGUUAUUUGUUGAAGGUUACAAGGAGGCUGAAUAUUGGCUUAGGAAAUUUGAAGCUGACCCUUUGCCCGAGAAUAUUAGAAAACAAUUUCAGUCACAGUUUGAAAGAUUAGUUAUUUUGGAUUACAUCAUCAGAAAUACAGACAGGGGAAAUGACAAUUGGUUAAUCAAAUACGAAAAGCAACAGGGAAAGGAAGUUAAGGAAACGAAAUGGAUUGAUGAUAAAGAAUCACUUAUUAAAAUAGCUGCAAUUGAUAAUGGUCUGGCAUUUCCUUUUAAGCAUCCUGAUGAGUGGAGAGCAUAUCCAUUUCACUGGGCUUGGCUUCCUCAAGCAAAAGUUCCUUUUUCUGAAGAAAUAAGAAACUUGAUUCUACCAUAUAUUUCCGACAUGAACUUUGUGCAAGAUUUAUGUGAAGAUCUUCAUGAACUUUUUAAGACUGACAGAAGAUUUAACAAAGCUACUUUUGAAAGUCAGAUGUCUGUUAUGAGGGGUCAGAUCUUAAAUCUUACUCAGGCAUUGAAAGAUGGGAAGAGCCCUGUCCAGUUGGUACAAAUGCCUUGUGUGAUUGUGGAACGCAGUCAAGGUAGAAAUCAGGGCCGCAUUGUCCACCUCAGCAGUUCAUUCACCCAGACCGUCCACUGCAGGAAGCCAUUUUUCUCUUCCUGGUAGCAGAUGUAAGCAUAAGAGAAAAAAACAUUUGGCAUUAUUAUGUUGUUAGAACAUUACCGCAGGGCGAAUCUGCUGUUAAGAUCUCCAGUUGCCAAAACCUCAAAUAAUGUAAGUCUUUAAAAGGUUAUCUUUUGAAUGUAAUCAAAAGUUUACAGUUUUUCUGUCCAAAUAUUAAAUUUCUGUUUCAGGGAAGAAGUGGUAUAUCUCCUAAAUUGUAUUUUUGUAGAAAAAUUGUAUUUUAUGUUGUUUUGUUAGUUUAAAAGGUAAUUUCAUGGUUUACACAUUCUGAAAUGACUGUAAUUACUUUAGAAUUCCAAGUAGAAACAUAAGGUAUUUGUUGACUUUGAAUAACUUUUUAUAUUCUUUAUAAACACUGAGAAGGAUGUUGUCUUCACUCUUCUUACAUUAUAAAAGGCCUUCAAGGGUGAAACUGCUCUUGUGAACUUCAGUAGAGUGGUUAAUAGAAAAUCUGGUAAGAAUAAUGUUGCCUUAAUUUAAAAAGCCGCUAUUUUAGAACUUGAGUAAUUGCCCCUAAAGUGACCAUUGUUAGGGAAUGGAAAAUUAUAUCUUGGUUAAGUAACAGGUGACCAUUUUAUUUUCUGUGCUUCAGAAUAUUUUUGGUCAAUUAUUUUGUUAAAGUAAGGGGAAAAAUCUAAAGAUACUCUCCCUUUUUAGAAAAUGGAGGCACUCAGCUGAGACUGGAGAGGAAUAAUAUGAAAUUAAAGUAGAUCGCCAAUAUUUUGAAAUUCCACCAUAGCACUAAAAGUCCCUUUUGUUUCUUCCAUGGAAUCAAUUACGUAGUCAAUUAGUACUUUAGAUUACUGAUCUUAGUCUGUGUAGUGCUUCAGUUAGUAUUAACUUCACCGAAAAGUAAACCAUACCUCAAAGUGCAUAUUGGAUUGCAUUUUGGGGUCCUAAGGCAUAAGUCCUUAAAAAUAACAGUAGUUAUUAUAGUAUUGUAGGGUAUUGAGGUUACCGAUGCUGAUAUAAUUACGGUCAACUGUAGAAUAUCAGCCCUUGCUAAAGGGGAACAUGACAGAGAUAACCAUAACGUCAUUUAGAUUUGAUUUUGAAAAUCAGUAUGUCUGACAUGCUAGGAUUUUGUAGCACCGUGAACUCCCGGAUGAUGUAACUUGAGACGAGCCCAGUAUGAAGAUGUGAUUCUGAAGAACCAGAAGCUUCAUCCUCUUCUUCGGGCCCCAAACAAGGAACACCACCACUCAAACUAAACUGGCAGUUUGUGCUCUGGGCCUUUUUUUUUUUUUUUUUUUUUUUUUUUUUAGCUUUCUGUCUUGUGAUUUUCUUUUUUUUUUUUACUUAAGUAUUUUCGUGUAAAAGGUGUUUCCUGAGGGUUCGAUUAGGACGGAAGACAGAUGUGCAGACCCCCCCUUCCCUCACCUCCCUGUCUUGGGCUCCAUGGGUGUGGCAAGUGAGAACACCGCUGCCUUAAGGAAAGUUCACUGGACACCUGUGUUCUCCUACCUCCAACCCUGGCCUUCCGUGAUCGUAACGCUGAGAUCAUGGGAAAUUGACUGGAAAUUCAAAACUCAACUACUAUCUUGAGAUAAAUACUAGUAAUUCAAAUGUGCCUUUUGAAGAUGUGUUCUUAAAUAAGUUGUUAUGAUGUGGAUACUGCUUUCAUAAAACGGUUUUUUCAGUAUUUUGAGAAUUGCUAUAUUAAUUUUUAUAAUGGGAAAACUUAGUAAAUUCCUACUGUUUUAUAUCCUGAAUUUGUUAAAAUAGUGUGCAGAUAUUUUUAAAUGGCCUGACCAGGCUAGAAGAGUAAAGCUGAAAUAUUUAAGAUGUGAUCAUAAGUCAGAAUACAUUGGUUAUAUUUUGUAAAUUUUCAUGAACUUGACUUAUUUAAAUAUUGUGUUAAUUUUUUGAAUGAGUAUAUUUAUAGUGUCAAGCUUGGUAGACUAAAGGUAAUAAAAAUCAUUGUCUUAAGGUCACUGUUCUUCUGAAGUAUGUAUAUUGGAUAUUUAGGAUGUUUGUGAACACAUUUAUGUGUAUAAGUGAUGCUAAACCAACAUCCCCCUUGUGUAUUAGUGGUAUAGUUUAAUUCUUUAAAAUUCCAAAAGCCAUGUGUAACUGGAACCUUCAUAUGGAGACGAUUUAAUUUUGUUUAAUCAUAUACUUUCUUAUUCUCCCCCAAAUUUGCCAGCAAUUGGAGGCUGUGGAAAACCAGCGGAAGGUUUUUUGCAGACGUAAAAACAAUCAGAAUCACAAAGUUUUUUUUUAUUUAAAGUUUUGUACUGAUGGAAUUAAAACCUUAUUAAAAACA